AUGACAUACAGCCAAGCCAGACAAGUCUGCAUAGACAACGGCGGAAGCCUGGCAAUGAUCAAGAACUCGGAGAUUAACAGUUUCGUGAAAACUCUGCCAUCGGACCAUAAAUGGUUCGGGUUAACUGACGAGGUCACUGAGGUAACUGUUCAAGAAUGCCCGACACUGAACGCACCUCCAAACGGUGCCGUGAGCGGUGACAACGUGCUCACCUUCACGUGUAACACAGGGUACAACCUGGUCGGUCCUUCUACACUUACCUGCCAGCGAGAUGGGACUUGGAGUGGAAGUCCGCCAACAUGCGAAGCUGUACAGUGCCCCACACUAUCCAACCCUACAAACGGUGACGUAAGCUACAGUACCAGGUACUACGGAGAUGUGGCCUCCUACUUAUGUGACACAGGAUACAGUCUGAAUGGCUACUCUACACGGACCUGUCAGUCUUCAGGGUCCUGGAGUCAAAGUGCACCAACUUGCGAGGUUGGACAGUGUCCCACACUGACAUCCCCUGUAAACGGUGCGGUAAGCGGCUCCAAUGGGUAUGGAGGUACGCUCACCUUCACGUGCAACACAGGAUACAACCUGGUCGGUUCUUCUACACUUACCUGCCAGUCAGACCUGACCUGGAGUGGAAGUUCACCAACAUGCUCAAUUGUACAGUGUCCACUACUGGCAGCUCCUGACAACGGUGGAAAGACUGGUGGAAAUUCCUACCAAGACGUCGUGACGUUCAGUUGUAAUCUUGGAUAUGAUCUUGUGGGAAGUUCAAGUCUGACCUGCCGAGCUGACGCCAGCUGGAGUGGGAGUGCUCCAACCUGUUCACGUGUUCAGUGCGCGGUUCCCUCGUCUCCUGUUAAUGGUGAUUCUAGCGGCCCCAACUUCUACCAGGACGUGGUACAGUUCACGUGUGACCAGGGAUAUGAUCUGGUGGGAUAUUCUAGUUCUACCUGCCAGGCAGACCGAACCUGGAGCAGUAAUGUCCCAUCAUGCAACGACAUUGAUGAAUGUUCGGCUGCAAAUGGUGGCUGUGACCAUGUAUGUACUAACACAAUGGGCAGCUUCCAAUGUUCGUGUGUGGAUGGAUUCACCUUAAACUUGGACAGCCACUCCUGUGAUGACCGCGAUGAAUGUGCCGUUGGAAAUGCCGGCUGUCAUCAUAACUGUAACAACAUCAUCGGGAGUUACUGGUGUUCUUGUGGAAGUGGCUACAGAAUAAACGGCGAUGGGCACUCUUGUGAUGACGUUAACGAAUGCUACAAUGGAAAUGGUGGAUGUGGACAGACCUGCACUAAUCUUAUCGGGAGUUUCCAGUGCUCCUGCCAGAAUGGGUAUAGACUGGAUAGUGACGGUUUUACUUGUAAUGACGUGAAUGAAUGUGCUUCUACUAACGGAGGUUGUGAGCAGACUUGUAGGAACAACAUCGGGAGUUUCCAGUGUUCCUGCGGGGCUGGUUACAACCUGGAUGGCAAUGGCUUUACUUGUAAUGACGUGAAUGAGUGCGGCACUGCAAACGGUGGAUGUGACCAAGAUUGCACGAACUCCCGUGGAAGUUUCCAGUGUUCCUGUGACAUUGGCUACGACUUGAAUGGCGAUGGGUUUUCCUGUGUUGACGUAGAUGAAUGUGAAACUGCAAAUGGCGGCUGUGGACAGAUUUGCAACAACACCAUCGGUAGUUUUGAGUGCUUCUGUCGUACCGGCUACAUCCUGCAUGUGGACGGGCUGGCCUGUAAUGAUAUUGAUGAAUGUGAUACAGCAAGCGGAGGCUGUGGGCAGUUCUGUACUAACACCAUCGGUAGCUUCAACUGUUUCUGUGCGACUGGAUACAACCUAAGCAUGGAUGGGCUCACCUGUGACGAAUUGCCACCUCCUACAAACUUUACAUUUUGCCAAGUCACCGAGAAUUCAGCAACUGUUCAAUGGACAAAACCUGUUGAUGCACUGGUGGUUGCCUACAAGGUGUGGCUAACAGAGGAGGAAACUGCGCUCACAGUUUCCAGAAAGUAUCUGCUUGACUCAGCGACUUCGACAAUCUUUACUUUUCUAACCCCUGCUACAGAGUACGUGGUUGCAGUAACCUGUAUCAGUCCCUCAGUCGAGGGACUGCAAGCAAGCGUUACCAUUGUAACAGAUACGGAUCCUCCCGGGCAGUUAUCAGUGGACGACAUUGGUUACACCAGCUUGGGGCUGUCCUGGAUCCCACCAGUUGCCAAACUGACAGAAUACGAAUUGACUUACAGCAGAGCUGAGCACAGCAGGACACGGCGAUCUCUCAAUGUUUUCAUCCUUCCUGGUGACGUCGGUAACUACUGGCUACAAGAACUUCUCCCUGCCACUAAAUACGUCAUCAGCCUGACGGCCGUCAGUCGGUUUGGGCGGAGUGAUACAAUCAAUACAACUGUUAUAACAGGCACGGAUCCUCCGAUUCAUAUCGAAAUAAGGAAUAUUUCCUCCACCUGGAUGACCGUGACAUGGACAGCACCUGUGGCGACGGUAGUCUCCUAUGAUUUGACAGUAACCGAUGCUACGACCAUGGCAAAGAAACAUUUCAG